GCAGGCCGUCCACCAGCUCUCUUGACUGUGGGCUUCUCGCACAACAUGUCAAUGUUGCUGAAUGGUAGCGGCUUGCUGGCCUCUCCUGCCGUGAGCGUGAACUUCCGCAGCCUGUCGGGCCGGCGCCUCCCGAUUCAUGACUUGGCCAAACCCGUGGAGCUCAGGUUUAAGAAGGGAUCCCAGGAGCUCCUAAACAGCCAGCGUGCCCGGUGCAAGUUCUGGGAUGAAGCGGCAAACGUCUGGGCCCAGGAGGGCAUCAGACGGUCUUUGCUCCCACAACAUGCAGAGGAUUUUGUUUGCCUUACAACCCACCUUACGAUCUUUGGGGCAGUGCUGGAGGCAGUCUGGCUUGUGCUGCAGUGCUCCACGGCCUCAGAAGUGUUGUCAGUUGAUGGCCUGCAAAAUCUGGCCACUUCUCACUGGCUGCACUACGCAGCGACCAUCGUCACCUUCGUUUCUUUCGGCCUCUUUGCCGGUGCCAUGAUUUGGGCAAUGCGUCGCGACUGUAGGAUGGCGGAAGACCUUCCACCAGAGGAAGUGGCGGAAGCGCUGCUUGUGAGCCGCAGGAGCGAGACCUCCCAAAAGGGCUUGGAGCCUGAGAUGGAAGCCGAAGAAGCUGAGAUUCAAGCAGCUCCGAACCGCUGCUGCCGCUGCAGCCCGCGGUGCCCGCGCUGUGCAGCCUGCGCGAUGAAAGGUUUGGAUGGCGUGUUUUGGCUCGUGAGCACCAUGUUCGAAGUCCAGGCCACGGACUCCGUCUCGGAGCUCUUCGACGCAAAGACGGCCAUGGUGAACCGCUGCAUCACUUCGAUCCAUGCCUACCGCACCGGUGCCUGCCGCCAGAGCAUCCGAGCCGUGAUGGCAUCCAGCGGAGAGAAGAAGUUGCGGAGGCCCAGCACUCAAGGCGAGGUGACGCACACGAAGACGACUUCUUCUGUGGUUAGCGCCAUGCACACCUGGAACGUCCACUAUCACGGGGUUCGAUCCGUGGAGAAGUUCCUGCAUGGCUCAUGGCUCAGGCGCGUGAUCAUCCUUCUUCCUUGUAUGCAUCCCUGGCUCACGGCGUCGCUGCAGAGCCUCUUCAGGUCACACACUGUGCGAGUUGCCCUUAUUGUUUUGAAGCUGGUGAGCGCAACCUUCACUAAUGCAAUGUUCUUCACCAGCGCCGCGCAGUCUCCAGACUCUGAUGAGGAGUGCGCGGCGCCACAAACUCUCGAGGAGCAGUUGAUGACUGCAACAAUUGUGGGCUUCCUCUCUGCGUGUGCGGGGGAUAUGCUCAUUGUGAUAUUGGCUUUGAUCCAGCGACGCAGUGUGCUGGUCCGAGAAAUCUGGACGCCUGAAAUGAGGUCCAGGCAGUUAUUCCGAUGGCGCUGCAGGCAACGAAUCUUCUGGCUCAUAUGGCUGGUCCUUGCUGGCUUCUGCGCUCUUUACACCCUCUCCUUUCUCGCUAAUGUCAGUGCGGCGGAUGCUGCCAAGUGGCUAGAGAGCACCGGCAUGAGUGCAUUGCAAGACCUCGUCUUCAAGCCUGUGCUCCUGGCUGUGGGGUAUGCUACGUUGUCAACUCUGGUGCUUUUGUGCAACCCACGUGUCAAAGACACCGUCACAGAUCGAUGGAUACACCCGGAUGAAGUUGAAGAUGAUUUCAUCGCAGACCUUCCAAGCUUGAACUUCAUGGACCGGGACGACACCGCCUCGGCCGGCUCUGAAAGCCUUGGUAGCCUGGAGGCUGAAUAUUUAUAG